AUGGAAAAUGCCGAAAGAUUUUCAAAAGUUUUUCAAUUGUUUGUAGAUUCGCCUAGUGAAACUGUACCAAAAGAAGAGCUGUACAAUUUAUUUUCUCAUUCUGGUUUUUCAUUAACCGAUGAAUCUUUGGAAAAUCUAAAAAAUAAAUGUCCAGAAAAUGGCCUUCCGUUUAAUGAAUAUUUGAUACAAUGUGAAGAAUUGGAAAAAGAAGAAAUUUCUAGGGAGGAAUUACAAAAAUGCUUAGAGUCGCUAUGUCCUGAUAAUUCUGGAUUCUUAGAUGCUAAUACUCUUAUUAACACAUUGUCUACAGGUAAAUAUUCGUUAGGAGAAAAUGAGUUAGAAGAAAUGCUUAGACUUAUAAAUCCUGAUGCUAAUGGAAAGGUAAGUAUUGUUUAUUUAUUAAGUUUAAUUUAUAAUAAAAAUUGA